UACGAGUCGAGGGUUCCAGUUGAUCCGAUCAACUGGAACAGCCUGCUCGUGAAAUUAACGUGCAAGUGGCUGAGCACUCCACAGACACGUGUACCCUUAACGUAGUUCUCGGGGAUAUUCAGCGUGACACAGUGUGACAAGGCUGACCCUUUGAAUUACAGAAACAGGAAGUAAGAGUGAGAGAAAGUUGUGGUGACAGAAUACAGCAGGGUUCGCCACCAUCCACUUCCGGAGCCUCGUAGAGCUUUAGGUGAUUUCGCUCAAUAAACACUCACAACGCCCGGUCUGGGAAUCGAAACCGCGAGUCCGCUGCCCUAACCACUGGUCCAUUGCGCCUCCACAAGUAUAAAAUAUGUCUUUUAGAACAAGGCUGUUGCUGACAAUAAUGAAGAUUCAUUUAUCAUAGUUAGAUAUUAUCCACAGUAACCAUGGUGAUUUGCAUCGAAAUAUUAUUUCUUUUACCGCCUUAUCUUAACAUUUUGGUUUUAUUUACUAGAGACCGAUGGCUUCACAUUCUCACAUGACAUAACUUACUUCCGUUUCCGCUAGAAUCUGUUUGACACGGGCGAAUAACAAUAACGUGCUUCUGCUGUUUUCACGGACAUUUGGUGAGUAAAUAUAUUUUCACACUAAAUCACAGAUUAACGGAUGACUUUGGCAUGAAACAACUUUUUUAAGUUUGGAUACAUCUGGAAUAUUUACCAUCUUUUUCAAGACCAAAGGAAAAUGUUUUAAAGAACAGAUAUAAACUGCUAUUAAUCUAGGGUUGAAUUACUGUGAAAUAUUUUCCCUAAGCUGAGAUUCAUAGCAACAUUUCUCCCUCUUAUCACAUGGUGCUUUUGCAUUCUAAUUAAACUUGAAUAUAUUUACAAAGCAGUUUGCACAAUUUUGGAUAUCCAUAACUUAAUAGCAGUAGAAAUAUUUCUAAAUAUUUCAAUGGUUGGAUAUAUGUUUAUCCAUUAGAGAAAUGUCAAAAGCAUUAGGAAAAUUACAAUAUCGUUGUGAAAUUUGCGGUAAAUCAUGCUCUAACAAUAGUAUCUUAGUUGAACACAUUCGUGUUCAUACAGGUGAGAAGCCAUUUCACUGUGAUACCUGUGGUAAAUCAUUCUCUCAAAACGGUACCUUCAGUAAACACAUACGUAUUCAUACAGGAGAGAAACCAUAUCACUGUGAUAUCUGUGGUAAAUCGUUCUCGCAAAGCUAUCACUUAACUAAACACAAACGUAUUCAUACAGGAAAGAAGCCAUUUCACUGUGACACCUGUGGUAAAUCAUUCUCUCUAAAAUGUAACUUAAUUAAACACAAAUAUAUUCAUACAGGUGAGAAGCCAUUUCACUGUGAUACCUGUGGAAAAUCAUUCUCUGAAAAGAAUUCCUUAAGUAGACACAUACGUAUUCAUACAGGAGAGAAACCAUAUCACUGUGAUAUCUGUGGUAAAUCGUUCUCUGGAAAAGGUAGCUUAAUUACACACAAAUAUAUUCAUACAGGUGAGAAGCCAUUUCACUGUGACACCUGUGGUAAAUCAUUCUCUGCAAAACGUCAACUUUGA